GCGAAUCUAUUAUUUAUGCAAUAAAUUUAAUCUUAAUUUUUAAUACAAAAUCUAAUCUUAAUUUUCUAGAUUAAGACCAAAUUAAAUCUAAUCUUACUUUCUAAUGCUAAAUCCUUCAAUUCCAAAAAUAAUUAUGCAAAUAAAUCUAGAAAAUUAUAUAAAUCAAAACCCAACAAAUUAUCUCAUGGAACAAAUCAUAAAUCAUAUAAAAAAUAGAAAAUUAUUCAACGAUAAAAAAAAACCCAGAAAAUGCCCAACCGCAAUUGACCUGCGGUUGAACCAUGGCUGGACCGCAAAUCACCUGCGGUUGGACCAUGGCUGGACCGCAAAUGACCUGCGGUUGGGCAUUUUUUGGGUUUUUUUUCGUUUUUCAGUUAAUGUAUUUACCUCGUCGGAGUCGCUACUAAUGAUUCAGACGUCCUACCGACGAUAUCGGCUUCAAAAUGACGAUGAUGGAUUUUUCUCUCCUUAGAUAGUGUUUUUUUAGUCCAAGUGGUGUUUGUUUGAUAAAGGGAAGGUAAAGAAGAUAGAGGGUUAUAAGUGUAACUUUAACAAAUAUACCAUCAUCUACUAUGGUGGCAAGUGUUGGUAGGUGGUGGUUAGUUUAUUCAAGUAAUCAUGCAUCGCCGCCAUGACGGAAAAGUUAUUUGUGCAUUAGUAAUGGGUUAAUUGCAUGGUUGGUCACUGAGAUUACAAAAAACGUUCAUGUUUGGUCACUGAAAAUAUUUAAAUCCAAUCUUGGUCACUCAAAUUAGUUAAAUGGUUCAAGUUUGGUUACUCUCCGUCCAACUCCGUUAAAUAAUGCCUGAUGUGGCAGUCAACCCUCAAAGUUGACCGUUAACUCGUUGACGUGGCAAUUAAAAAAUAAUAAAUAAAAUAAAAUUUAAUCUUCUACCAUUUCCAACUCAUUUUCACAAUAAAGUAAAAUAAAAAAAAAUUAUAAAUGGCCUUUACCGUUUGGUCACACGCCAAAGAUGCUAAAGUCUCUUCAACAAAUUCUCAUAAAACAGAGGAAACAUUUUAGCUACAUGCCAAAGAUGAAAAACAGAGUCACAGAACAGUUCUGUUGGUGGAAAAAGAAAAACAGGGGAAUUCUAUUUCUGCUGUGUGUGAGUGGCAAACAAAAAAACAAAAUGUCAAGGUUCUUCACAUAAUCUCUGCAUAUCUCAAGCUUCCCACAAAUCUACAAAUUAUUACCAAAAGAAUUCUUCUUUUUUAUCAGAUUAGCUAUGGCCCCUUCUCUUUCGAGCAUAAAGAUCGAAGAGAACCCAAAACCAAAAACAAAAAAGGGAAAGGGAAACCAAAUCAGUCAAAAAGUAAAUAACUUUCCCCUUCCACAGUUCCACUGAAGCUAGCAAAGCAAGCUCUUAUUAAGGGCUCUUACAGGCGUAAAUCAGCAAUGAGAAUUCCAGUCUCUGCUGUUGCUGCUGCUGAAGCUGUUCUUCCUUUUGCGCUAAUUUCUCCUCCAGCCACAGCCUGCUGUCCAGCCCACUCCUCGUCCGGAACACAAACACCGCCGCUGCAGGAGCCGUCGCCGGGUGAAAGAACCAGUCAUGUACAUCCCACAUCAGAUCCACAAGCAACCCAUCAACGAAAAUCGUUUGGUUCCCUCUGAAAUUCCACUGCAACCUCUUCACCCUAAUCACAACCUUCUUAUCGAUACAGACGGAGAGAACAGGGUGGUGAUGCCUCUGCUUCAGCCCUUCCCUCUCCCCCUCGCCGCCGCUGCAUUUAAUCAGGAUAUCGUGCUGGCCGCCGGUCUCGGAGAAUCGAGCUUUAGUGGAAUACAGAGUGCUCCCGGAGCAAUGCUCCUGCCUCGAAAUCUAGCUGACUUUGGCGGCGGCCGGCGCCGCCCUCAGCAAUUUCUUGGACAGAACGGCGGAUUCGUCGGCCAGGUCGCCGAGGACGAGGGCAAUUUCGCAAUUGCGGCGUGUGACCAAACGGUAGAAGCCAUUUAUAAUAAUUUUUUUUUUAAUUUUUUUAUUUUACUUUGAAAAUGAGGUGGAAAUGGUAGAAGGUUAAAAUUUAUUUUAUUUAUUAUUUUUUAAUUGCCACGUCACCAAGUUAACGGUCAACUUUGAGGGUUGACUGCCACAUCAGACAUAUUUAACGGAGUUGGACGGAGAGUGACCAAACUUGAACCAUUUAACUAAUUUGAGUGACCAAGAUUGGAUUUAAAUAUUUUCAGUGACCAAACAUGAACGUUUUUUGUAAUCUCAGUGACCAACCAUGCAAUUAACCCCAUUUGUAAUUAUCAUGGUUUAGGAAGGCGUAAUUUUGCUUAGGCCUACCGCCUAUGUAAUAAAAAUCCGCCUCACCUAGGCCAUAGAUAGUAAAUAAGGUGCUCAUAAUUAGGCGUAAUUUUGCUUAGGCCUAUGUAAUAAAAAUCCGCCUCACCUAGGCCAUAGAUAGUAAAUAAGGUGCUCAUAAUUAGGGAUGAAAACAAAACUCGAACUUACGGGUACGUUAUCCGACCCAACCUCGUAAAUGUGGGUAAAACUCAUGUUGACGGGUUUCGGAUCGGGUUUGGGUUUAAACUCGAUAUACUUUCAUCGGGUUGGGUAGGGUUUGGGUUUAGGGAUACCUGACCUGUGGAUACCCCUGCCCACACUUAUUCUGUUGCCCUACUCUUCCCAAACCCUAACCUAAUUCUAAUUUCCCCCAAUCUAACUCUCCCCAAACCCUACCCUAAUUUUAUUUCUUACCAAUGUAGUAUUUCCUUUUUUCCAAAAGAAGUUGGAGAGAUAAAUUAAUAAUUGAAGUUGAACUCACAACUUUUGUUGGUUUGCUGCUCUCUCACUAACAAAUUAAAAGGGGAAUG